AUGAACCAAAACGGCGAGAUCGCACUCAUCAUCCUCGGCGUGCUUCUGGUCAUCGCGCUCACCGUCUACUUCGGGCGGGCCCUAAUGGGAAAGUUUGUCGACCAGUCCAUCAAGGACGGGACCGCGCCGACCGAGACCAGCGAUUCUGCUGCGUGAGAAAGACUGCGUGAGUCGGUGUGUUCCUGGUCUCUUGCUCGCUG